AUGAAGAAGUCAGAGGCCAACGCUGCUGAAGAUGCUAUCCAGCCCGAAUCCGGCGCAGACUUUGCUGUCGGGGAGAUGUCCGGCGAUGUUAAACACGAGAUGCAACUCAAUACUGGUGGCCGAGGCGCCACUCAACGCCGUCUGCGCAAUUACCAGGUUACUAUGAUCGGGUUCUGCAGCGGUAUCGGUACUGGCCUGUUCAUUGGAACUGGCGCUGCAUAUGCUAAAGCUGGCCCGGCCGGACUUUUCCUUGCUUACACCAUAGUCGGAUCAGUAUUAUGGUGUGUCAUGCAAAGUAUUGCCGAAUUAGCCACUCUUUUUCCAACAGCUGGCUCCUUUCCUCACUGGGCAACUCGUUUUAUUGAUCCCGCUGUGGGAUUCUCUUUAGCAAUCUCAUAUGGCUAUGUCUUCAUGAUUGCUAUUGCCUCUGAAACAUCAGCAGCCGCAUUAGUGGUAGCCUACUGGACUGAUCUCACUCCAGCCGUGGUCAUCACGGUCAGUCUAACCUUGAUCUUGGCUAUUAACCUCAUGAACGUCCGUUUCUACGGUGAAACAGAAGUUAUCGGCAGUGUUAUCAAGGUCACUUGUUUCCUCGGCCUGAUCUUCGUGUCCAUCGUCAUCACGGCCCGCGACCGUAUCGGCUUCCGCUACUGGAACGAUCCUGGAGCAUGGACAAAUUAUAAUGGCAUCGCAGGUCCUAAGGGAUACUUCUUGGGAUUCUUGUCUGCGUUCGUCAACGCGUCAUUUAGCUUUAUCGGUAUUGAAACCGUCGUGAUCACGGCUGCGGAAUCGGUUAAUCCAACUUACGCGAUCCCAAAAGCUGCUCGCUAUAUUACCUACCGCAUCGGAUUCUUCUACAUUCUCGGUUCACUCUUGAUUAGUCUAACCGUAGACCCCAGAGAUCCGAAUCUUACCUCGGGAGCGGGUAAUGCGAACAGCUCGCCGUUCGUUAUUGCUAUCAAAACCGCAGGCAUCUCUGCCCUACCUUCUAUUGUCAACGCCUGCAUCCUCAUUUCUGCUUGGUCCGCUGGAAACUCCUACUGCUGGGUCUCCUCUCGCAUGGUUCUAGCAAUGACCACGGACCGCCAACUACCACAGAUCUUUGGCCGAGUCUCGAAGAAGGGUGUACCGUACGUGGCUGUGGUUACAGUUUGGCUGUUCGGGCCUCUUGCAUAUCUCAGUCUUGGAAAAGGCGGCGCAGCGCAAGCCUUCACUUGGCUUCAAAACCUUAGUACCGUGUCUGGUCUGAUAGCAUGGGCCACACUUUGCUUCUGUUAUGUCCGUUUCCAUGCUGGUAUGAAGACCCAAGGUGUCAGUCGCGACACCGUCCCUUGGAGGUCUCCCUUCCAACCGUAUACGGCAUGGUAUGGGUUCAUCGGGGCUACUACCAUUACUUUCAUUACCGGGUUCCAUGUUUUCCUUAAGGGGAACUGGUCCGCAUCGGGGUUUAUUGCAGCGUAUAUCGGAAUACCCAUUUUCAUUGUUCCUAUCAUUGGUUGGAAGUUAUGGCACGGCACAAAGUUUGUCUCCGCUUCCCAGAUGGACCUCUGGUCUGGUCGUCUUCAAGAUGGGGAAAUUGAGGAGCCUCCAACCCCAGACCCAAAUCGGCCAUUGUGGAAACGCGCUUUGGAUCGUCUGGUCUGA